AUGUCAGCAGAAAAAGUGCCCUCUUCUGUUUCUGAGGAAGAAGAAGCUGUGGAAUCAAUGCGUGCAGCACCAUUUGAUGAGGGCUAUCAAGGAGAAGCUGAAGCAGGGGAUGAGCGGUUGGUGCGUAUCGAUGAUGAAGUGUUGAGUGGUAUCGAUGUGGCGCUGGCGGACCUUCCAUCCUCACAGUGUACAGACAGCGAAUUGUUCCCGCAAAGUUCGGGACAGCUUGCGACUUACGGUUCGAUCACUGGUGUAAACGAGCCAUCGGACUAUUCAGAAGCC